CCUGUAUCUUCCUCGUCAACUUCCGGUUGUGGUAGGGCGGUGAAUGUGUCGGUGUGCUUUAUAUGUCUGGAUGUGUAGCUAGCGUAAAGUUUUUGUGUCCCCAUAAAUCGUAAUGGAUAGCCAAGGUAAAAAAGUCAUUGUGUGCGACAACGGAACGGGGUUUGUCAAAUGUGGUUACGCGGGAUCCAACUUCCCGGCCUUCCGAUUCCCGUCGCUCGUCGGGAGGCCGAUUCUACGAGCCGCCCACAAGAUAGGUGACAUCGAAAUUAAGGAUGUGAUGGUUGGUGAUGAGGCCUCCAAGCUGCGCUCCAUGCUGGAGGUGGGGUACCCCAUGGAGAAUGGCAUCGUGCGCAACUGGGAAGACAUGUGCCUGGUCUGGGACUACACCUUUGGGGAGCAGAAGCUGGCCAUCGACCCGCGCGAAUGCAAGGUGCUCCUAACAGAGCCGCCCAUGAACCCGCUCAAGAACCGCGAGCGCAUGAUCGAGGUCAUGUUCGAGAGGUACCAGUUCGACAGUGCCUACAUUGCCAUCCAGGCUGUGCUCACACUCUACGCCCAAGGCCUUUACACAGGUGUGGUCGUGGACUCUGGUGAUGGGGUCACCCACAUCUGCCCUGUGUUUGAAGGCUUUGCCCUAAAUCAUUUGACUCGGAGGCUGGACAUUGCGGGCCGAGACAUCACGCGGUAUCUCAUCAAGCUGCUGCUAUUACGUGGCUACGUGUUCAACCAUUCAGCCGACUUUGAGACAGUGCGCAUGAUCAAGGAGAAGCUCUGCUACGUCAGUUACAAUGUGGAGCAGGAGCAGAAGUUGGCCCUGGAGACAACCUUCCUGGUGGAGUCAUACACUCUUCCAGACGGUCGCACCAUCAAGCUGGGCGGCGAGCGCUUUGAGGCGCCGGAGGCCCUGUUCCAGCCACACCUUAUCAACGUGGAGGGGCUGGGCAUUGCGGAGCUGCUCUUCCAGACGAUCCAGAGUGCGGCGAUGGACGUGCGAACGAAGCUGUACAAGUACAUCAUCCUGUCGGGGGGCUCGACCAUGUACCCGGGUCUGCCGAGCCGUCUUGAGCGCGAGAUCAAGCAGCUCUACCUGGAGCGCGUGCUCCGGGGGGACACGGAGAAGCUCAUGAAGUUCAAGAUCCGUAUCGAGGACCCUCCCCGACGCAAGGACAUGGUCUUCAUCGGAGGUUCGGUCUUGGCCGAAGUGAUGAAGGACAACGACAAGUUCUGGAUGAGCCGCAGCGAGUACGAGGAGAAAGGCGUGCGCGUGCUGGACAAGCUACUGCCCGGUGCUGCCAUCAUGUAACCGGCACUUCCUUCACAUUGCCGGCACUUCCAUCUGCAUUCGCUGCACAGCGAUGCUCAGGGGCGCCGCAGGCGUGCCGGCAGAACGGGUGCGUCCUUUGAAGCUGUGAUGUGCAGAAGCGAGCACCUUGUUUAUGCCAUCGAUGGCACGUGUGGGGGGCAGUUUUCGGCACUGCGGCGAGCCCAGUGCAAUCUGCACGCUUCGCAGAAAAGCACGUCGUCCCCGAGCGGUCGUGGCUUGUGGGUGCGGCAACAGCGGUCUCUCGCUCCAGAGCAUCGCGCAACUACUGUUGCACGCAACAGGUGUGAAGGCUUGCAGUAUUUUGACACCUUUGCAUCGAUGGCUCCCAAAGGUUGCAGUGGUUACACACUAGCGUUUCCAUUGCAGAAGCAUGGGUGGGCUCUUCUGUCUUGCUAAAGUUGCCGAGGCUGUUCGCUUUGACCAUCCCCGACGGACCAUCUUUGACAGCGUUCAGCUGUGGCGCGCCGCGCUGUCUGCCAUUCCUAAACCCGAGGUUGUAAAGUUGACGUAGCCCCUUGUUGGAGCUCUCGUGCGACGUGGCGUCGUUGUUAGGUAAUUCAACGACGUCUCCACGAGAGGAGUUUGUGGCUCUGAUAAUUCGGGAUCUCCACGCAUGUGAAUGCGCAUCACUUAGUAUUCUCGUAGCGCCUCACUGCUGCGAGAUAAUUCUUGCUUGCCCCCACUUCUUGAGUGUGCUUUUUUCGGGCUGGCCUCCUGACACUGCCGGUGCCAUUGUUAAAUGUUGUUCCAAUGACGAAUCCUUCUUUUGCGUAGCUUCGCUUUGUAAUCGCCAAUUUAUAUUCUAGAUCGACUUCCAUCUCUAUUGAUUAGGUGGUCGGAGUGAUAUAAUACUUUUAGACUAGCGAGCACAAGUUGUUACGCGCCAUUUCAACGCGGCGUGCGGUUAAUUCGUUCGAGCCUCCUUGAGCUGUACAUAUGGUUGUUCCGCCCCAGGAAUCACAUGGAACCCUGCGAGUGUGUGUAAGUAGGGUUCAGUCACAUUUGCUGGCAAAUGAACUUGCACGCCUGUUCCCUCGUUGGCACCUGUGCUGCUUUGCAGCAAGGCAAAUUAGUGUACAACUUGUAAUAUAAUGUACAAUAAUCCGAAUGGACUAGCGGUUUGUGGUUAGAACGUAUGUUGGGACUUCCCCCUGUUUGAAUAUGUCUGGUCAUUUCAUUCCCUCGGUCGGCUUUUUUCAGUGGCCGGUGGUUUUUUUGCGAAGACCAUUACCACUCCUGUUGUGAUUCAGCAGCAAGCGCUUCAAGCUGCUUGCACAUUAUUUUAGAAAAAAAAGUUUUUUUUUUCCAUUUAUUAUUUUGGAGCACACAUGAAUUGUGCUCCAGAGAACACUUCUUUGAGAAUGAUUGCAUUGUUCAUUUUAUUUUAUAAUAAACAUUCACUUGCAGAUCAA